AUUAGAACUUGUUAUCACGUACCUGGUAGCUGAAUAAAAGGCAGAGAAAACCCAAGCAAGAAACUGGAGUAACAGGAGCGACUGUGAUCUGGGCAGGGAAACAGCAGCAGCAGAGAGGAGAGCAGUUGGGGAAGAAAGAAGAGAAAUUAGUAUAGUUUGUUAUUAGGGUAAAUAAUAAAUAUAUUCGUCCUCUGUUUCGGAUUUCUCUGCCAAAACACAAAGCAGUCCACGAAGUUCUAAAAACAGAUAAAUAAAUCGGCCGAGGCUGAAUUACACUUAAGCCCUGUAAUCUACUACCCGCGGCACGAACGAAUAUUGAAAGCGCGGCGGACGGCGGUUGGCUUGCUGGUUCAACUGGGUUUUCCUCGUCGAGCUCGAGUUCAACAGCCAAAAAGAGGUCUCAAGAUAUUGGGAAGUUUGGAGGUCACUUUGAGCAGAGGAUCAAAAGGGUUUUGAGGUAAUUUGCUCGAUCCAAUCCGAAACUCCAAACUUCAAUUAAAUUAAGGGGUCGUGUUGGGACCUAUUCUCCUAAGUUGGGCGCGUGACAAAUUAUCCCAUUGCACUUCUCUGCAGGUUUUGCCUGCCCUGCCCCCAUGCUGCACUCCAUUAACAUAGCAUAAGAGGCAGUUUGCCAUCUCCAGGUCCCUCUAUUUUCUUUUGCAGUACAAUUCUACUUCUUCUUCCCUCCAAAUUCCUUGCCGAUUCGGGUUCUUCGUACCGCUUGCCCCUUCAAUGGAGAAAGAAACCACUUGAAGAAUUGACAUUCGUGGAUUGAAUGCCUUCACAACAGAAUUUCAAGCAGUAUGCUCCUUUUGUUAAAUUCUUCUUAGCCACUCUACCUCCAUGAAUUUCCUAGCUGGGUUGCACCAAUUUCGUUAAAGUUAGGUUCUUUGCUAUACUUGAUAGUGGAGUGUUGCCUGGAUUGAGUGGGUUGUUUAUUUGAUUCCUGCUGAUGUUAGUUCUGCAUUGUUUCUUUUGAAUGUUGUAGCUACUUAGCAUAGUCAUGGGUAGAAGGAAGCAAUCCCGGCCUCAUCGGUCUGGUGGUUUGGUUAUAGAACCUAGUAAGACUGCUGCGUCCGGAUCAGGAUUAGGUGAAGGAAAGUCCAUUGAAGCUGAUGCCACCGAACUGGAGCAAGGUCUUCCAUUAGAUAAGCCCUAUUAUGUUGAAGUGGAUAAGAGUGACUGGAUUUCGGUCGAGCACCUUGAUCUCUCUGAAGUUGUUCUAAGUAAUUUGUCUCUAAGUCAAGAGUAUCCUACUUUUGUUAUAGAUCAAGACUUUUACCAGGAGUUGAAGUACUCCUUCAGAAUAUGCGUUGGCAAUGUUGAUGAUAGCGACCUUAGUCGUAUUAAGUUAGGUCAUUGGCCUGUGAUAUCUUCUGAUGAAGUGAGGUUGGAGAUUGUCGAGAAAAGUAUUGCUGAGGACGGAGAUAAUGAAUCUCUAGUCUUAUCAGGGCGUUUUGAUGGUCCAGAUGAAGGUGUAUCUGGUCUUGUUCACUUAAUAAGUGUGAAGUUCUUGACACUGAGGCCAGUUCUAGGAUCUAAAUGUUCAGAGGAGACGAGGACCAUAAGGAUCAGAGUUGAAAUGGUGAAGGACGCUUUUGAUGCUUGUGAAUCACUUCUGGAAUAUAACAGGCAGGUCUGGAAGAAGAGUAUGAUGAACGUGAUGGGUUGGCUGAGACCAGAAGUGAUGACUUCUGAGGCUAGAUAUGGAGUGACUGAAUCCAUGGAAGUGGACGUCAAUAGAAUCAUGGAGAUUGAACAUGACUGUAAUACCUCCAGGAAGCGUGCAAGGUUUGAUGUUGCAGGAUUUUAUGAAGCCAUUAAGCCAUCCAAGUUGGAAAAGAUGCUAGAAGAUGAAUUGCCCGACUUGCUUCCAGUACUUAGACCCUACCAGCGGCGUGCAGCAUUCUGGAUGGUGCACAGAGAGAAAGGUGAUGGUGAAGAGGAAAGAAGUAAAUCUUUUUCUCCACUGAGUUUGCCAGUGAAUUUUCUUGACACAUGCACAAGAAUGUUCUACAAUCCAUUCAGUGGCAAUAUUGCACGUCAACCAGAAUAUUCCUCACCACCAAUCUUGGGUGGAAUUCUUGCUGAUGAGAUGGGUUUGGGGAAAACUGUGGAAUUGCUUGCUUGUGUAUUUGCUCAUCGUCGAACUGAAUAUGAUGAGGAUAAUAUGAUUGAUAUUGAACAAACAUAUGCUGAGAAUGAAAAGGUUCUUAAAAGAUUGAAAAGAGAGCGAGUGGAGUGCAUUUGUGGAGCCGUAACUGAAAGUUACAAGUACACGGGACUUUGGGUACAAUGUGACAUAUGUGAUGCUUGGCAACAUGCAGACUGUGUUGGUUACUCACCAAAAGGAAAACGAAAGAGGUCAACUAGUGUUUUACAAAAGCACAGAAAGAAGACCACAAUCAGCUUUGUCGAAAGAGAUGGUCAACAUAUUUGUCAGAUGUGUUCGGAACUAGUACAAGCUACUGACUCUCCCGUUGCUACUGGCGCCACUCUUAUUAUUUGUCCGGCUCCUAUACUGCCUCAGUGGCAUGCAGAAAUUAUCCGGCAUACACGUCCAGGCUCCCUAAACGUUUGUGUCUAUGAGGGUGUACGAGAGUCAUCUCUUUUGAAUACAUCGGCAAUUGGUAUUGAAGAACUCGUCUGUGCAGACAUUGUGCUAACCACAUAUGAUGUGCUUAGAGAGGACUUGUCACAUGACUCUGAUCGGCACGAAGGUGAUCGACACUUCUUGAGAUUCCAGAAGAGGUACCCUGUUACUCCAACUCUUCUUACCAGAAUAUUUUGGUGGAGGCUUUGCUUGGACGAGGCACAAAUGGUGGAGAGUAAUGCUGCAGGUGCCACAGAGAUGGCCCUUCGGCUGUCUGCUAAGCAUCGUUGGUGCAUCACAGGGACACCUAUUCAGCGCAAACUUGAUGACUUACAUGGACUUCUAAGGUUCCUUAAAGCAAGACCCUUUGAUGUCUCAAGGUGGUGGGUUGAUGUCAUGAGAGACCCAUAUGAGAGGCAAGACAAAGGGGCUAUGGAGUUUACACACAACUUCUUUAAACAAAUAAUGUGGCGAUCUUCCAAAGCACAUGUAGCAGAUGAGUUGCAACUUCCGCCUCAGGAAGAGUGCCUAUCUUGGCUUUCUCUUUCAGCGAUUGAGGAACAUUUUUACCAGAGACAGCAUGAAACAUGCGUGAGUUAUGCCCGUGAAGUUAUAGAUAGUUUGAAAGCUGACAUUGUCAAAAGCGAUGCUUCUGAUGGCAUAUCUUCUAACAGUUUGACCAAUCCAUUCAUCACCCACACGGAAGCUGCAAAGUUACUAAAUUCUCUCUUGAAACUUCGUCAAGCUUGCUGCCACCCUCAAGUUGGAAGUUCUGGAUUACGUUCCCUACAACAAACUCCCAUGACAAUGGAGGAAAUAUUACUGGUUCUUGUGAGUAAGACCAAGAUAGAAGGGGAGGAAGCUCUCAGGAAGUUAGUAGUUGCUUUAAAUGCCCUUGCAGGGAUAGCUAUUAUCAAUCAAAAUUUUGGUGAAGCUGUAAAGUUGUACCAAGAAGCAUUGGCUCUUACUGAUGAACAUUCUGAAGAUUUUCGUGUGGACCCGUUAUUGAACAUUCACAUUCAUCACAAUUUGGCUGAGGUGCUUGUAAAGGAACCCGGACUCUCUUCAGAGAACUGUUCUCAUGGAGACCAGCUUAAAUGCUCUGAGAAUGUCUUCAAGGUUCAAGAUAUUGGAAAAUGCGAUCUGAGUUCUGUUGAGAAGAAAAAUAUUGGAGUAGAUUCUGAGAUCGCCCAUGCUUCGAAUUUAUUUGAGCCGUCAAAGAAUUGCUUAAAUUCUGACCAAGAAAGUGAGAACAAAUGCUUCAUGGCCUCUAGAUCCUUCAGUGAUAAAUCUCUGAGAAUAACAUGCGAGAGUUUGAAAAAGAAGUAUCUGUCUGUGUUUAGUUCAAAGCUCUGUGUGACUCAGCAAGACUUCCGAAAAUUAUACAUGCAGGUUGCUAACGAGUUCGGCGAUUCAAAAGAUGAACAUUCAUUCUGGUGGUUGGAUGCUCUUGAUCAUUCUGGGCAGAACGAGGGCAUAUCAAAUGAACUACUAAAAAAGAUUGAAGAGGCCAUCUCAGGAAGUCGAAAAAACUCAAGGUCCACAAGAGUUGCAUCCCGUUUCCGAAGUAUUACUGCCCUAAAGUACCACAUCCAGACUCGCCUCGACCAAGUAGAAACUUCCAGAAAAGUUUUGGUUGAUCGAAUAUUGGAAAUUGAUAAAUCAAUGGAAAACCCCAAAGAAGAUGAUAUUGAAAGUGUUAGAUAUUGCCGUGUUUGCCAAGGCGUUGAUGAUGGCCCCACAUGUGUUCAUUGUGAACUGGAAGAAUUGUUCAAGGAUUAUGAAGCAAGGCUAUUUCGCCUCAACAAAGCAGAUGGAGAGAUAAUUUCUUCUGCUGAAGAAGCAGUGGAUUUACAAAAAAGAAACACUGAACUGAAUCGUUUCUAUUGGAAUUUAUCACGCCAAGAAAAGAACUCAUUUGUAGCUGGUGACGUAAAUGAAGAAUCAAGGAAGAGAGAUGUUGGGGAAAGAGUAGUGGUUUCAAAAAUGCCCUCGGAACUCGAGGUUGUACUUGGAGUCGUAAAAAGCUAUUGCAAGGCUCACUUAAGCAAGGAACACUUAUCUGCAGCCAACAAGCAGCUUCAUUUACUGGAGGGCAUGAGGAAGGAGUAUGGUUCUGCAAGGUCGUUGGCGGUUGCUCAAGCUCAGUUUCUGCGUGCUCAUGAUGAAAUUAGGAUGGCAACAUCAAGACUGCAUCUAAGAGAGGACGAGAAUGAUAAGUCUCUAGAUGCAUUAGGUCCGGAGGAACUAGAGACAGCUAGCGUCCUACAAUCUAGUGACAAGUUCGUGGCUCUGAAUUUAUUGUCACGUAUUAAAGGAAAGCUUCGGUACUUGAAGGGUUUAGUACAAUCAAAACAGAAAGUUUCUUCUGAAAGUUCAAACACCCCCUUGUCAGCUACAACCUCAGCAUCUGUGUCUACAGAGAGGGCAGGCGAUGGUCUGACUAAAGAUGAUGAAGAAGCAUGCCCUAUCUGCCACGAGAAGCUAAACGAUAAGAAGAUGGUCUUCCAAUGUGGACACUUGACUUGCUGCAAAUGUUUAUUCGAGAUGACAGAUUCAAAACCGCAGCAGGAUCAUAACAAGUCCCAGCAGCAGCCGAAAUGGGUGAUGUGCCCAACGUGUCGACAGCGUACAGAUUAUGGGAACAUCGCUUAUGUUGAUGACAGACAAGAGAAAUCUUCCGGUUCAGCUAAUCCACCAACAUCACAAGAUUGUGAAAAGGGUGAAGCAUCCUUGGCUGUCCAAGGUUCAUAUGGUACUAAGCUUGAAGCAGUGACGCGAAGAGUGCUGUGGAUCAAGUUUUCAGAACCCGAUUCCAAAGUUCUUGUCUUUUCAAGCUGGAAUGAUGUCCUGGAUGUGUUAGAACAUGCUUUCAAGGCAAAUGGGAUAACGUAUAUUCGCAUGAAAGGAGGCAGGAAAUCACAUGCUGCCAUUAGUGAGUUCCGAGGGCAGCACAAGAAAAACCAGGAAUCUACUGACGAACAGCAAGAACCCAAAUCAAUCCAAGUCCUACUCCUGCUGAUUCAGCACGGAGCAAACGGACUCAAUCUGUUGGAAGCACAGCACGUCGUGCUCGUAGAGCCACUGCUGAACCCAGCAGCAGAGGCACAAGCAAUCAGCAGGGUGCACAGAAUAGGACAGGAGAAGCGCACUCUCGUCCAUCGCUUCAUAGUUAAAAACACCGUGGAAGAGAGCAUCCACAAGCUGAACAGAAGCAGGAACACGACGACGACUUCGUUCAUAAGUGGGAACACCAAGAACCAGGAUCAGCCUAUUCUAACGCUUAAAGAUGUGGAAUGUCUGUUUGCUUCUUCAACGCCAGCUGCAGAAGAUGGUGAGAAGAAAACAGAAGAAGAAAAGGAGGCCAGUGAGAGUACUUCUAGCCUAAGGCAGCUGCCCCCAGCCGUGGCAGCUGCCAUAGCUGCUGAGAGGAGACUAAUGCAGAACAGACUUCCAGCCUCAUCUUCAGCUUUGUAGCAUCCGUUUGAUGUAGUUUAGAGGACCAUAAUUAAACAAAAUCUGUACAUCUAGGGAAAUAGAAUCUUUCUUAAAUACAUGACAUUCAAGUAAUGCAAACUUCAAGUUCUUAUAGAUGACUUCCGAUUGAAAAAAAUGUGAGUAUGUAAUAAAAGAUACAUUAUUUA